AUUUCCCAGAAUCCAAAGCAGCCAUUGAAGAUCUGAAGUUUUGUCUGGAAAGAACCAACCAGAGGCAGCAGCUCCUCACUUCUUUAAAGUCUGCGUUUGAGAGCCGUCUGCUGCACCCGGGGGUUCACACGUCAGAUAUCCUCACGGUUUACAUCUCGGCCAUCAAAGCCCUCAGAGAGCUGGACCCCUCCAUGGUCAUCCUGCAGGUCGCCUGUCAGCCCAUCCGCAAGUACCUCAG